CGCUCUCAUUCACUUCACUAAGACCAGCACUCAUUUUCACCACCUUCCCAGAACCAUUUCACCUCACCAAUGAACCAGAGACUAUAAACUGAACCAUGUAACAGAUAUGUGAACUUUUUUGUCCUUAAACAGUUUCUGGGUUUUCUGUCAACUUUUUGAGGUACCAACCAGAAUGCUGAAACCCCUCUGAUUCUCUGUUCUUUUCUCUGCUGCCACAUUCCCCUGUUUCUGUUAGCUUUGCCUUCACUCAGUCACCACUGUCACCUUCAAUGGCAAAUGAUGGGAGAGAUUAUUGCUUAUGGAACCCUAAUAUUAAACACAAAAAACAAGGCCUUUUGCUACCGCGCCGUGCUUCUCCUCAAGACUUGAGAGGUUAUUUGGAGAAAGAGAAAGAAGAGGAUUCAUCUGCUGAAGACUGCAUUAGAGACUCUCAGUCACCUGAAUUGGUGGCUACUGCUGGUUGUUCAAGCCUAAGACCUCCAUUUCGCAAGUGCUUUAAACUAUGGAAGAAAAGAUCAAUUAAGAACCUAACUUCCUUGCAACCUUGUUGUGUGCCAAACAUGACAGAAUCUAAAAACAUAAGCAUUGCAGAAAGUCCUGUUUUAUGUAAUCUUUACAACUUCAGGUCCUCUUUGGUUAAUUUCAGCCUCUCUGACCUGAGAAAUGCAACCCACAAUUUCAGCAGAGGAAAUUUAAUUGGAAGAGGUGGCUAUGCUGAGGUUUUCAAGGGCUGCCUUCGAGACGGGCAAUUAAUCGCGGUUAAGCGACUGAUCAGAGGAACUUUAGAAGAGAUAACAUCAACCUUUCUAUCUGAGCUAGGCAUUAUUGCUCAUGUUAACCAUCAUAAUACUGCCAAGCUUAUUGGAUGUGGUGUAGAAGGAGGAAUGCACCUUGUUUUCGAACUAUCACCAUUGGGAAGUUUAGAAUCUCUUAUUCAUGGUUCAAGUUCAACUAGGCAGAAAUUGGAUUGGAGCAAAAGGUAUAGAAUCAUUACGGGGAUAGCCGAUGGACUCCUAUAUCUUCAUGAGAGUUGUCCAAGGCGAAUCAUUCAUAGAGAUAUUAAAGCAGAAAACAUUCUGCUCACUGAGAAUUUUGAACCACAGAUUUGUGAUUUUGGGCUAGCAAAGUGGUUACCAGACCAAUGUACUCACCAUAAUAUAUCAAAAUUUGAAGGCACAUUCGGGUAUUUUGCUCCUGAAUAUUUGAUGCAUGGCAUAGUAGACGAGAAAACUGAUGUGUAUUCCUUUGGUGUCCUACUUUUGGAGAUUAUAACUGGGCGUCGCGCUUUGGAUGAUCUCAAUCAAAGUCUUGUGUUAUGGGCAAAGCCUUUGCUUGAUGCUAACGAUAUAGAGUACCUUGCUGAUCCUGCUCUUGGUGGUGAUUAUGACCGGCAACAAAUGAAUCGCGUUGUUUUGACUGCAUCUUUGUGUGUUGAGAGGUCUCCCAUCUUAAGACCCCUCAUGAGUCAGGUUGCAGUAUUGCUGAGAGGUGAUGACUAUGUCCUGGAAACUCCAAGAGCAAGCCAAAGGCGGACUCUCCGAAGAGCAUUCGCAAUGGAGCAAGGAUACAACUCACCAAACAAUUUCAGUUAUCAGAAUCGACAUAAGCAAGUUGCCUUGGGUUCUUGAGAGUGCUAAGAACUAACAUAUCCAAAACCUGUGAUUAUGUUAUUCAGGUUAUUACUUAUUAGUUGCAAGUACUAAAAAAAUUGUAUAGACUUGUUAUGGUGUCUUGAAGUCAUUUGGAUUUCCAUCUCUGAUAGAGUCUCAAACCAUGGUUUGGACAAAGGUUUGUUGUGUCUUGCCGCUUUUGUCCAAACUGUGAUUUUGGAAUUUCAAAUGGAAAUCCAAACAUGUUGGAGAAUGAUGGACAUCCUAGGGUCCUUUUCCCAUGAACAAAGCCAUCUCUUGAAUGUUUUGAUAGUAGAUUUAAAUAUGGUAAAUUUUGACAUAUCUUAUUAUUGCACAAAU